GCUCGCAGUCUUUGGCCGCGCAUGAGAAAAACAGUGGUGACUCCUGUGAGACAGUCGCGUAAACAAUAUAUAUAUAUAUUUCUCUGUUCUGUGCGUGUAUAUGUAUAUAUAUUAUACAUAUACAUAUAGUCGCGUGUUAUUGUUAUUUUCAACGCAGCGCGCCGCCGCUGUUAUUCGUGACGUAUCUAUCUCGUGUGUGCUUUUAUACCGAGAGAAAGAUGAGCCUCCUUGGUUGCGAAUUCUAACCUCCCUGUGCGACGCUGUUUAUUCCGUUCGUUCGGUGUGCUUCCUCGCGAGUAUGUGUGAUUAAAAUAUAGCAAGAGAGAAGAAAUAUUUGAGUGUGCAGUGUUGUGUCGCGCGAUUUUAACAAGAAAGAGAGAGAGAGAGAGAUGUCGUGGAGUAAUUUACAGUAGCGUAAGCUACGCCAUCCAGACUGCUGCGCGGCAGCAACAGGGGGAGCGAAAAAGACACAAAAAAAGACAACAAAACAGGAGAAAAAAAUUCAAAAGGAGGGGGCAGAGAGGACCCGCGCCGCCCGCCUAACAGCGAGAGCGAGUGAGAGAGAGACAAGAUGGCGGAGUCGAGCUAUUAUCAGGGCGAUUACGUAAGGCACCCGGUCUUGUACGAGUUGUCGAUCAAGUAUGGAGUGGCUGGCAGUGAUCAGGUGCCCUUGCCUGCCAGACUCGACGAGCUACGUGAGCACAUACGACGAGAAAUACGCAAGGAGCUCAAAAUCAAAGCGGGCGCAGAGAAAUUGCGCGAAGUGGCUACAGAUCGCAAAGCACUGUCGGAUGUAGCGAUGAUCGUGAAGAAAGCCAACAGCAAGCUAAACGAAUUGCAAGCUGAAUUACAACAGCUCGAGAGCCAAAUUAUCCUUACUCAAGGACAGCCGCAGUCGCCGCAACAGAAUCACUCGAACGGACAAGAUACGCCCAUGUCACCGACAGGUCCAUCGUCGCCUAAUCAAGAUGGCCUGUUCACGGACCUUCGGUUGCUCUCCUUGGAAAAACAGCUCAAUAUCGAACAAAAGGUGAAGCAGGGCGCGGAGAAUAUGAUCCAGAGCUUGACGAGCGGCCACCGGGAUAAGAAAUUGCUGCAGGAGGCGCAGCAAAUGCUCGACGACUCGCGCGCCAAGAUUGAAUUUCUGCGCAUGCGGAUCAUGAAGCUCAACCAGGCGCGCGACCAGCAGCACGCGAGGAAUCAAGCGCCAGCGCCCAACGGCGAUGCCUCUUGCCACAAAGUGAGAUACGAGCCAAAUCUCGAGCUUGCACUCGAGGAACGCGUAGAAGAGCUUCGUCACAGGCUGAGGAUCGAGGCAGCAGUAGUCGAAGGAGCGAAAAACGUGAUCCGCCUGUUGCAGAGUAACAAAGUUGCCGACAAAAAAGCUCUCGCCGAGGCACAAGCAAGUCUAGCUGAAUCGAGUCGGAAGCUCGAUUUGUUGCGACUGUCGUUGGAGCUACGUCGACAGGAGUUACCCGCUGACAGCGCGAUAGCAGCACAGUUGAAACGCGAGCUUGCGAGUGUGCAAUCUGCAAGUCCUUUGCCAGUCACUUACACUUCAUUGCAACCGUUUAGGGGUCCUCUUGAAGGUAGAACAACUAUGCCAGCGUCUGUUUCAAGAUGCGCAGCUGUCACUGGUCAACUGGAGGUGAGGUUAAUGGGUUGUCAAGACUUGGUGGAGGAAGUACCAGGUCGCACGAAACGAGACCACCCAGCAAGUCCAGAUCUCCGUAGUUUUGUUAAGGGAGUCACAGGCCGUAGCUCGAGUAAAUCCUAUAGUGUCAAAGAUGAAACGAGUAACGAUAUAAUGGCAGUGAUCAAACUUGACAACGUGACAGUUGCGCAAACGAGUUGGCGGCCAUGCUCACAGCAAGCUUGGGACCAAAGGUUCUCGAUUGAGCUAGACAAGUCUCGCGAACUGGAAAUCGGGAUUUACUGGAAGGACUGGCGCUCACUGUGUGCUGUGAAAUUCCUACGACUAGAGGAAUUUAUCGACGACGUGAGACAUGGAAUGGCGUUACAAUUGGAACCUCAAGGUCUCCUCUUCGCUGAGAUCAAGUUCCUCAAUCCAAUGAUUUCAAGGAAACCUAAACUCCAAAGACAGCGCAAGAUCUUCAAGCAGCAAGUGAAAAACUUCCCACGUGCCAAUCAAAUGAACAUCAAUGUGGCUACAUGGGGAAGGCUACUCAAAAGGUCCACGCCUAGCACACUCAACAACAACAGAAGCUCCGAAAGCCCGCCUUUGGGUGAGGAUCGCAAUAUGAGGAGUGGAUUGCUGCGAAUUCGAAAUAUUCCACAACCUUCACAACUCGCGUUCGACACAUCGACAGAAGACAAAGCAGAGACACCCGGUGAGGUUCCUGACCCGGAAAAAGGUGGUCUUGGAGGUACUCGACCUCUUGGUAUGUCGCAUUCGUCGACAAACGAAAGCCUGGGCAAUAUGUCCGCAUCUUCGUCCUCCACAUCGCUACCUCAUCCACCUGAUCAUCCACCGCCACCUCCACCUGUGGCUAAAAAACCCACAGUACCCGCACCGCCUCCAUCUGUGAAAAUUGAUCAAGAGUUGCAGAGCGCGUUACGAGAGUUCGAUUUUCUUCUGAAGGAGGAGAGGUCGAGCUUAAGAACUGAAGGUGCAAGUUUGAGGCCUUUAGUUACGGAGCCAAGGCCUGUGCUUAUUGCUCCGCCUUCUCCGCGCACACCUUCGCCACAACCACUCGUCGAGUUCCCCGAGGACGAGGUAUCAUACGAGGUAGCGUCACCAUCGAGACCACUGCACUAUCGUGACAGCGCAUACGAAUCGCGCCGACAGUCGCAGCUUCAAACGGGUAUGGGCCUCGAGAAUUUCAGACUGCUAUCGGUUCUUGGUCGUGGACAUUUCGGCAAAGUGAUACUCUCGCAGUAUCGUAACACCGGCGAGUAUUUCGCCAUCAAGGCACUGAAGAAGGGCGACAUUAUUGCCAGAGAUGAGGUCGAGUCGUUGCUCUCGGAAAAGAGGAUCUUCGAAGUGGCUAAUACGACCAGACAUCCGUUCUUGGUCAACCUUUUUGCUUGCUUUCAGACUGAUGCACACGUUUGCUUCGUCAUGGAAUAUGCUGCCGGUGGUGAUCUCAUGAUGCACAUUCAUGCUGAUGUUUUUGGAGAGCCUCGUGCGGUUUUCUAUUCUGCUUGCGUCGUGUUGGGAUUGCAAUAUCUCCACGAGAGUCGCAUUAUAUACAGAGACUUAAAAUUAGACAAUUUGUUAUUGGAUACCGAGGGUUACGUAAAAAUCGCUGAUUUCGGCUUGUGCAAAGAAGGUAUGGGUUAUGGCGAUCGAACUGGAACUUUCUGCGGUACGCCAGAGUUUUUGGCACCGGAGGUUCUUACCGAAACGUCCUAUACACGUGCAGUUGAUUGGUGGGGUCUUGGAGUACUUAUUUUUGAAAUGCUUGUUGGAGAGUCUCCCUUCCCUGGUGACGACGAAGAAGAGGUAUUCGAUUCGAUUGUCAAUGACGAAGUUCGUUAUCCUCGCUUCCUUUCGCUUGAAGCUAUUGCUAUAAUGAGACGACUUCUGAGGAAAAAUCCUGAUCGUAGAUUGGGAAGCAGCGAGCGAGAUGCCGAAGACGUUAAAAAACAGGCAUUCUUCAGACACAUCAAUUGGGAUGACUUACUUCUUAGGCGUGUUAAGCCCCCGUUUGUCCCAGUCAUUCAAUCUGUAGAAGACGUUAGUAACUUCGACGAAGAAUUUACAUCCGAGAAGCCUCAACUUACGCCAGCUAAGGAUCCUCGACAACUUAGCGAUUUGGAGCAAGGAUUGUUCAAAGAUUUCACUUAUAUGGCUGACUGGUGCUAACAAUGACAGAAAGAUUCGUAACUGAAUUCGCAUAACCAAAAGUGGUGCAGCUUGUUACAAGAUAUGCUUAUUUUAUAAGUAAUUUACCGAAAAGAGAAAUGUGAAUCUUACUGAACCAUCGAUUGAGUGAUCAGCAAUUAUUUGUAUAGUUUUUAUAUUUUAAUUGCGUGUUACAGUUAAACAUUUAACGUUUAUUGCCUUGUGUCAAAAUAACGCGUAGUAAAUGAACAUAGAACUAUAAAUUACAGACAUAUUUACAACUUUUGAAAUGCAAGCAUGACAAUUUUUAUAAGGACAAGGUGUGGAAAUUGUUUUGGCGACAAUAUAAUGUUGCUGACUGUAUUUUUUAAAUUUGUUCAACGCAUGCGUUUAAAAGUUAUUGAAUUUUGUGAAGUGUAUAUUGCAAUGAGUAUAUAGUGAUACAGUGUAAUCCUCUAGGUUAGAAACAUUGUCUAAGCAACUUUUUCGUAUUUUUCGUAAAGCUAAAAACAAAAAUAAAUCAAAAAAGUAAGUUCAGUGCGAUAAUUAUAUACUUUUUCCGGAAAAAAUCAAGAAAUUGUGUAAGAGAUAGUCAUUUCUCAUUGUGCAGCUUGAAAAUGUAGUAACUAAGUAAUGUAUUUUUUUUUUUUUUUUUUUUUUUUGUGUUAAAGUCGAAAUUUUAUUAUUUUUUAUGAAAAAAUGUUUUUACAUAUAAAACUUACAGUUUAAGCUUUGUGAAGAAGUACGAGAAAAAGGAAUUGUGUAGAAUUUUUGAAACGAUCAAAGGCAGCAAGAUAAUUGUUAUUUUUAAGAUGUAAUAUUUAUGCACUCGUGCUCUUGUGAUAAUUGUUUAAUCAAGAUAUCGAGUAGUAGCUUAAAAAAUAGUUAUUGUUAUUUGUAGGAUAAUUAUUGUAAUGUACUUUAAUUAAAAUUAACGACCCUUGCGUUUCAACAUACCUUUAGGGUCUCAAAAUAAUAACAUUGUGUAAGUUCACCGAUUGUCCAUAGUUAUUAAAUGUUAUUUAUCACAUAGUUUUUUAAGAAAACAAGCUAAUCGCGCUUCUCAUCAUCCAUAUAUAUUUUUUAUCUGAUAAAUUGUAUAUAUUAAUCCUUUAAGAUAGUGAAAAAUCUACAGUUUUAGUAUAAACAAACACUUCAAUUGACAUAUCAUGUUAGUUGUGAAAAGAAUGUCAAUCUUUCAUAUUUAUCGAAACUUUCACAUUACAUUGAUUACGCAUAGACCGAAAUCUGUUCGAAAAAAUCAAUAUUCAUAAAUAAUAAGUAACAAUCAUAAGCGGAUCAACCGUACUUUCUUGUGAUAGUUUCGAAUUAAUCUCGAAACUCGAAUUGCCUUAAAACUAUAGUAGACCACCAAUGCGGAUUGAUAACUAUUUUACACUAAAAUUUUUUGAAAAACUAUUGUAGUCAUUGUUCGUUUUGGAUAGUUAGCCCAACCGUUUACACGAAAAGUAGAUUUUUGAAAUUUGGAUAAUUAUUCAUGUAUUGUAUUCAAUUUAUAAUUGUAAGUUUUCUAUAUAACAUGUUAAUUAUUAAAAAAAUUUAUUUUUAAUGUCUGAAAAUUUGCAAAAAUCGAAUAUGUGAUCACUUUAUUUAAUUCCUUUCCUAUAAAGACCAAUCAUUAAUCAACAAGAUUCAAUAUCAAAAUGUUUCGAUUUUGCAAUUCUGAAUGAAAAAAAUAUUAAGUUGAUACUUAAUAACGUGCCGAUUUAUAAAAAAACGUCACUUAUAUUGCAAUACAUACUUUCUAAUUUAUCGUUUUAUAGUUUUUAUUUCAUUUACUAAAAAAGUAUUUCAA